UUAUCUCAUCUCUUCUAGUUAAUAGUUACCCUAAUUAUUCUAACCCUAGCUGGUGGCUGCUGUUACAGACACUGAAAAUGGCGGCAGCAAAGACAACAUACCUUAACCACAUAUCAAGAGAAUCAUCGGAUGUCAAACGUCUCGCCAAUUUCUAUCAAGAGAUAUUCGGGUUUGAAAGAAUAGAGAAUCCCAAGUUCGAAUUCGAGGUUAUAUGGCUGAAAUUGGGUGAUACGAUGCUUCAUCUAAUAGAAAGGGAUCCAGUUACGAAGCUUCCAGAAGGACCAUGGAGCUCCGAAUCCAGUUCUGUUAUCAAGGAUCCAAAACAUCUCCCUAGAGGACAUCACCUCUGUUUCUCUGUACCAAAUUUUGACUCUUUUGUUCAAACCCUUAAGGAGAGGGGAAUUGAAGUUAAUCAAAGGAGUUUACCAGAUGGGAGCAUAAAGCAAGCUUUUUUCUUCGACCCAGAUGGUAAUGGGUUGGAGGCUGCUAGCAUGGUACAGCAAUAAAUAAACAGGAUUUAUAUAUGUAUACAAAUCUUGUAAUCUAGUAUGUCUCUGCUCGAAUCUGUUGUUUUUCAUUGGAUUAAGGCAAUAAGUUUCAGGUUAUAGAG